CGUUUAGCUCAGUGUUUUUUCUUCUUCUUCGGAGCCAUGCGGCAGGAACAUCUGUUCAAAGUUCUGGUUAUCGGAGACUUGGGAGUCGGGAAGACGUCCAUCAUCAAGCGGUACGUCCAGCAGGUCUUCUCCCAGCACUACAGAACCACCAUCGGGGUGGACUUCGCCCUGAAGGUCCUGCAGUGGGACAGGGACACCGUGGUCCGGCUGCAGCUGUGGGACAUAGCAGGACAGGAGCGGCAUGGAAACAUGACUCGUGUCUACUACAGGGAGGCAGUUGGAGCGCUAGUGGUGUUUGACGUUACGAGGGCCUCCACGUUCGACGCCGUGCUGAAGUGGAAGGAUGACCUGGACUCCAAGGUGACUCUGAACUACGGCCGACCCGUUCCAGCGGUACUCCUGGCCAACAAGUCGGACCAGACGGCUUCUCAGCUGCCCAAACUGGACUUUUUCUGCAGGGAGAACGGCUUUGUGGGCUGGUUUGAGACGUCUGCAAAGGAGAACAGGAACAUUGAGGAGGCAGCUCGCUGUUUGGUGGAGCACAUCCUGACCAACGAGGAGAGCUCGGUGACGGAGCGAGAGUCCGCCUCCAUAGACCUAUCUGGAGACGCAAGCUCCUCCAAGAGGCACUUUAACUGUUCAGUGUGUGAAAAGUACUGAGCGUUCAUAAAAUGAGCAGAUUUCAGGAC